AUGGGCCCGGGCGGAGCCGCCGCUUCGGCCCAAGGCUCCGCCCCGCGUGGUCCGAGCCCGGCCCCGCCCCGCCGACCCGCCCCGAGCUCGCGGGAACUUGAGGCCGGGGGCCCCUGCGGUCCAGCCAAUGGCCGCGCGGGCCUUCCCGGCCCCGCCCCGAAGAUCCGCCUCCGGCCGGACGGCCCCUCGGCCCAGCCAAUGGCCGCGCGGUCCCGCCCCGAGGACUCGCCCCCUCGUCAGGAGGGCGGGACCUCCCCUCACCCCAUGCGCCGCGCGAUCCCCGCGCCCCCUAGUGCUCGGGGAUCCGGGCGGCGCGCACGGGGAGUGCGGGGUCCCGCCCUCUCGCGCCAGCCGCGACGGGAAGCUGGGACACGCCGACUUUCAUUUAACGUGCGGGGCUCACACACUGCCUAG